UUGAUUUCUUUUUCGGGGGUUCUUUAAUCCAAAGGAAAGAUCUGAAGCAUCGUCUCUUUUUCCCCUCUUCUCUCUCUGUCUCAUCGCAUUUCUUACCAGCUUCUUCUUCCUCUUCCUCUUCCUCUUCCUCUUCUUAUUCCUUUUCCUAUCGGGGAAGAGAAAAGUGGGACGGGAGGCUCUCUGGAGGCCUACUAGAGAAAGUUGUGUCCGAGAUCUGUCCCAUUUCCGGCUCUCCACUCACUGGUAUACUCUACUUAUGUUCACUCUUUUCUCUCAUUCCUUCAUUUCUUGGGAUGAAGCUUCUAAAUCAUGGACCCCAGCUGGGGCAAAACAAAGAAAAAAUCGAUUCUUUUGUUCGGUUAGCUGUUGCCUGUGCAGUUCCUUUUGUUGGGUAUCUUUCCUUUUGCUGAGUACUGAGAUGGGUUUUCUUUUUUUCCCCUGUUUGUGGUUUGUCGGUGGAUGGCUGGGUUACUGUUUGGUUGCUGAGAAAAUGGCAAGAAAAAAUUGGGGGGAUCGGGGUGAAUCGCAAUUUUGACACUUCAAUUCAACAUUUUUCUGUGCCUGGACUUCUGGCUAAACACUGGUUACUCCUGGCCGACAAUUUCUGGGGGGGUUCAGAAUUAGACACAUUCAGCUAAAGUCAAACUGCUUUGGCAUCUUUUGCUUCACCUAUGGAGUUGUUAUUUUGUGGGAAAUCUGUAGAUGUUAAUUGAUGUUUGAAAGAUUUUGGUUGAGGAAUGAUAAAGAAGUGAUGGGAAGGAAAGGGAAUUGGUUUUCUAGUGUGAAGAAAGCACUCAGCCCUGACUCCAAGGAGAAGAAAGAUCAGAGGUCAAGUAAAUCCAAGAAGAAAUGGUUUGCCAAGCAGAACCUGGAUGCCGGUUCAGCUCCAGUGGCGAAUGGGGCAGCAGACGCCCCACUUCCCCCACUUCCUCCUCAACCAGAUGAGGAGGUGAAAGUACUAGAGACCACAAUUGAAGUGAACAAUCAUGGCUACACUUUGCCAGUUGCUGCUGCUGAGCCACCUGAGCCUGCAACUCCUGUUGUUGUUCAAACAACCACUAUGGAAGUGGUUCGGAAAGCUAAUAAAUUUGCUGGGAAAUCAAAGGAGGAAGCAGCAGCAAUCAGGAUUCAAACUGCAUUUCGUGGGUAUCUGGCUAGGAGAGCACUUAGGGCUUUAAGAGGAUUGGUGAGGCUGAAAAUGCUGAUGGGAGGUCCCACUGUAAAGAGGCAAGCUGUCCACACGCUCAAGUGCAUGCAAACCCUAGCUCGAGUACAGACUCAAAUCCAUACCAGGAGAGUCAGAAUGUCUGAAGAAAACCAGGCUCUCCAGAGACAACUUUUGCAGAAACACGCCAGAGAGCUCGAGAGCUUGCGGGUUCGUUUUAUGAAAGAGGGAUGGGAUGAUAGCGUGCAGUCAAAGGAGCAGGUAGAGAGCAACAUGCUAAGCAAGUACGAGGCAACCAUGAGAAGGGAAAGAGCCCUGGCUUAUGCAUUCUCUCAUCAGCAAACCUUGAAGAACCCUACUAGACCAGCUGCAGGCAUGUUCAUGACACCUGGCAAUCCUUCCUGGGGCUGGAGCUGGUUGGAAAGAUGGAUGUCAGCUCAUCCUUGGGAAACAAGGAACGCUACUACUGAUAAAGAUCCCAACAAUGAUCAAGCUUCUGUGAAGAGUGGAAACAACCGAAGCUUGGUUGGUGGAGAAAUCAGCAAAGCUUAUGCCCGUUAUCAGCUCAACUCUGAUAAACUCUCCCCUGGAGAUCAUCAAAUGAGUACAAAUUCCCCUUCAGCUACAUCAAAGCCAGUUUCUUCGGUUGCGAGAAAACUCAAGUCAGCAAGUCCCAGGAGCAGCAUUGGUGGCCCAGAUGAAGACACCAGAAGCAUGGUUAGUUUCCAGUCUAACAGAAGGCACAGCAUUGCAGGAUCAUCUGUGAGGGACGAUGAAAGCUUGGCCUCACUUCCAAGCUAUAUGGUGCCCACACAGUCUGCAAAAGCUAAGUCCAGGCUCCAGAGUCCAUUAGGGCUAGGAGGAGCAGAGAGGAAUGGGACUACACCUCCAGAAAAGGAGAAAGGAGCCUUGGCAUCUGCAAAGAAGAAGCUUGCUUACCCGCCUUCGUCGCCUGCCAGGCCUAGGCGCCAUUCUGGUCCUCCCAAGGUGGAUACCAGCUUGAUUAAGGCUGGAAAUGCGGUGGUGGCAAAUGGAGACAUGUAGCCGCCAUCCAGAGUUUGAUUUGAAAGAUGACAAGGUAGUGGAGUUGAUCUUCUCGCUAUCUCUUGAAGAAGUGGAAGGAAGUAGGAAAUGAAAAAUAAGUGUUUGAAGUUUCAUACUACUAUUUUGUUCCUUUUUCUUAAUGGGUUGUUUCUCAAAAUCUUUCUGUGGUUUCUUUCAGUGUUGAAAGUGGUUGUUAUUAUUCAUUCAUUUGCAUCUGCAGGAGAUGACAUGAUGUGGUUCACUUCAUUUGUUGGGGGUUGGCGGGGCGUGGGAUUCACUUGUUUUAUUUAUUUAUUUAUUUAAAGUGAGGGGCUUGUAAAACCUUUGUAAUGUUGAAAGGUGAUUGCAUGUUUGGAUUAAUAUCUUUUAUUUAUGAACUUGCAACCACUUUGUUUUCCAUUUACCAAUAUGAUACCCAAC